AUGGGGAGAAAAAAACUAGAAAUCAAGCGAAUUGAGAACAAAAGUAGCCGACAAGUCACCUUCUCCAAACGACGCAACGGUCUCAUCGAGAAAGCUCGUCAGCUUUCUGUUCUCUGCGAUGCAUCCGUCGCUCUUCUCGUUGUCUCUGCCUCUGGCAAGCUAUACAGCUUCUCCUCCGGCGAUAAGACUUGUUCACGCCUUAUACUGAAUGCUAGGUUCAGCCUUGGAGUAGUCAAAACUCCUGGGUUAGCUCGUAGUUCUGAUCCUAAUAUAUUGCUUUCUUCUUCUUUUUUUGUCUUCUCCAGCUUGGUCAAGAUCCUUGAUCGAUAUGGAAAACAACAUGCUGAUGAUCUUAAAGCCUUGGAUCUUCAGUCAAAAGCUCUGAACUAUGGUUCGCACCAUGAGCUACUAGAACUUGUGGAAAGCAAGCUUGUGGAAUCAGAUGUCGACAAUGUAAGUGUGGAUUCCCUCGUUCAGCUGGAGGAUCACCUUGAGACUGCCCUUUCAAUAACUAGAGCUAGGAAGACUGAAUUAAUGUUGAAGCUUGUUGAUAGCCUCAAAGAAAAGGAGAAAUUGCUGAAAGAAGAGAAUCAGGUUUUGGCUAGCCAGAUGGAGAAGAAUCAUAUGGAAGCAGAUGCUGAUAAUAUGGAGAUGUCACCUGGACAAAUCUCCGACAUGAAUCUUCCGGUAACUCUCCCGCUGCUUAAUUAG